GCCCACCUCCUCCACCCGAAUUUGAAAACCCAUUUCUAAAAAUCAAGAAGACAAAAACCCCUUUGUUAGGGUUUUUCUCUGCACUCUGCACCGUCUCUGUGUGUAAAAGCUAAUACUCAAACACCAUGCCGCAAGGAGAUUAUAUAGAGUUACACAGGAAGAGACAUGGCUACCGCCUCGACCACUUCGAGCGCAAGCGCAAGAAGGAGGCUCGUGAGGUCCACAAGCGCUCUGAGAGGGCCCAGAAAGCAUUGGGUAUCAAGGGUAAGAUGAUUGCCAAGAAAAACUAUGCUGAGAAGGCCCUCAUGAAGAAAACAUUGGCCAUGCAUGACGAGUCAACAUCUAGGCGGAAGGUGGAUGAUGAAGUUCAUGAAGGAGCUAUUCCUGUCUAUCUGCUGGAUCGUGAAAACACAACACGAGCAAAGAUCAUGAGCAACACUAUAAAGCAAAAGAGGAAAGAGAAGGCUGGAAAAUGGGAAGUCCCUCUACCUAAGGUGAGGCCUGUCGCUGAAGAUGAGAUGUUUAAAGUGAUUAGAUCUGGCAAGCGGAAGACCAAGCAGUGGAAGAGAAUGAUCACCAAAGUCACAUUUGUGGGACCAGGUUUUACCAGAAAACCUCCCAAGUAUGAGCGAUUUAUCCGCCCUUCAGGAUUGCGUUUUACAAAGGCCCAUGUGACACACCCUGAACUCAAAUGCACGUUUAAUCUGGAGAUCAUUGGAGUGAAGAAAAACCCUAAUGGUCCAAUGUAUACAUCGCUUGGUGUUAUGACCAAAGGAACCAUCAUUGAGGUGAAUGUCAGUGAAUUAGGUCUUGUCACACCUGCUGGGAAAGUUGUAUGGGGGAAAUAUGCUCAAGUAACAAAUAAUCCAGAGAAUGAUGGUUGCGUAAAUGCAGUUCUUCUUGUCUAGUAGACCAAUAAAACGGAAGAUUUGGAUCAGCGCAGAUUACAAACUCCUAACAGCUUUAUUACUUGCAUCAGAAGCCGCUUCAUCUAUUUUCAUCUCUUUAAUGUAGUUUAUUCCCUUUUUUUUUUUUUUUGUUGGCCUUGGGUUCAAAAGUUUAGAAGUUUUGGUUUAACAAUGUCAAUGUUAUGAUUUGAUAAUGGCACUUCAUAUCAUGUGUCAUUAUAUAUGAACUACCAUGCCUAGGAGGUAACUUCACUACCUGAACCCAUGGGAACCCCUCUGGGCGUGCUUGCAUUUGCAUGCCACUCUUGAUCAUCAUUGCGAGCUUAUGUAUCUGAUAUUGAACUCUACUCAUCAACCUCCAGAUUUAUGAGCUUC